GAGAAAAAAAGCUAGACCAAUAAAAUCCACAGGAAAAUGAGUGCUUGGAUGGCAGAGUCAACUUGCUGUUCUUUACUGUCUCCCUGUCAAAACCAAAAGAAGAAUAAAUGGUUCUGACAUUAAUACUUAAAACCUUCUCCAAGUAAGUACUUAAAUCCACCCUUCACUAACAAAUUCUCUCACUUCAAACAUGGGAGGUUCCACUAACCCCCUAUCUCUCUUCCUUCUCUGCUUCACCACUUUUCUCACUCUCUUUGAAGUUUCAAUCUCCACAGACACCUUAACAAGUUCACAAUCCCUCCGAACAAACCAAACCCUCCUCUCCCCAAACGCGAUUUUUGAACUGGGUUUUUUUUCCUACACUAAUUCCACCUGGUACUUGGGCAUUUGGUACAAAACCAUCCACGACAGAGAUAGAACAGUGGUGUGGGUCGCAAACCGAGACAUCCCACUUCAAACCUCCCUCGGAUUCCUCAAAAUAAACGACCAAGGAAACCUCGUCAUCAUAAACCAAUCCCAGAAGCCCAUAUGGUCCUCAAAUCAAACCACAACAACACCCUCCAAUCUAAUUCUUCAGCUUUUCGAUUCGGGAAACCUGGUUCUCAAAGAACCAAACGAGAAUGACCCAAAGAAAAUUCUCUGGCAGAGCUUCGAUUACCCAACAGACACCUUGUUACCGGGCAUGAAACUAGGUUGGAACUUCGACACAGGCAUAGAAAAGCACAUAACCUCGUGGCGUGCCACGAACGAAGACCCUUCAAGCGGGGAUUUUUCCUUCAAGCUCGAUCCACGUGGCCUUCCGGAAAUAUUCCUCUGGAACAAGAACCAGAGAAUCUACCGUAGCGGCCCUUGGAACGGCGAGAGAUUCAGCGGGGUGCCCGAGAUGCAACCCAACACAGAUUCCAUCAAAUUCACGUUCUUUGUGGACCAACACGAAGCUUACUACACUUUCUCAAUUGUGAACGUUUCUUUGUUUUCUAGACUCUCUGUGAACUCAAUUGGGGAACUCCAACGCCUCACGUGGAUCCAAAGCACACAGGUGUGGAACAAAUUCUGGUAUGCUCCAAAGGACCAAUGCGACAACUACAAAGAGUGCGGGGCGUACGGGGUCUGUGACACGAACGCGUCACCGGUGUGUCAGUGUAUCAAAGGGUUCCGGCCGAGGAACCCGCAGGCGUGGAAUCUGCGAGACGGGUCUGAUGGGUGUGUGAGGAACACGGAAUUGAAAUGUGGGAGUGACGGGUUUCUGCGAAUGCAGAAUGUGAAGUUGCCUGAAACAACGUUGGUGUUUGUGAACAGGAGCAUGGGGAUUGUGGAGUGUGGAGAAUUGUGUAAGAAGAAUUGUUCUUGCAGUGGUUAUGCGAAUGUUGAGAUAGUGAAUGGAGGGAGUGGGUGUGUGAUGUGGGUUGGGGAGCUUUUGGAUGUGAGGAAAUACCCCUCGGGAGGGCAAGAUCUUUAUGUCAGAUUGGCUGCUUCUGAUGUAGAUGACAUAGGGAUUGAAGGUGGUUCUCACAAGACAAGUGAUACAAUUAAGGCUGUUGGCAUUAUAGUUGGCGUUGCAGCUUUUAUACUAUUGGCAUUGGCCAUCUUUAUCUUGUGGAAGAAGAGGAAAUUGCAGUGUAUAUUGAAAUGGAAGACAGAUAAAAGAGGGUUUUCAGAAAGAAGUCAGGAUUUGUUAAUGAAUGAGGGAGUGUUUUCAAGUAACAGAGAACAGACAGGUGAAAGUAACAUGGAUGACCUAGAGUUACCAUUGUUUGAUUUUAACACAAUAACAAUGGCUACAAACAACUUCUCUGAUGAAAACAAACUUGGACAAGGAGGCUUUGGUAUUGUUUACAAAGGCAGGUUGAUGGAAGGUCAGAACAUUGCUGUGAAGAGAUUAUCAAAAAAUUCCGGGCAAGGAAUUGACGAGUUUAAGAACGAGGUCAAGUUAAUUGUCAAGCUUCAACAUCGAAAUCUUGUUCGGCUUCUUGGUUGCAGCAUUCAGAUGGAUGAGAAGAUGCUAGUGUAUGAGUACAUGGAAAAUAGAAGCCUUGAUGCCAUUUUGUUUGACAAAACAAAAAGAUCCUCACUGGAUUGGCAAAGGCGAUUCAACAUUAUAUGUGGAAUUGCUAGAGGGCUCCUUUAUUUGCACCAAGAUUCCAGAUUUAGGAUCAUCCAUAGGGAUCUCAAGGCAAGCAACAUUCUACUUGACAAAGAGAUGAACCCAAAGAUAUCAGACUUUGGGAUGGCUAGAAUUUUUGGCACCGAUCAGACAGAAGCAAAUACCAUGAGAGUUGUUGGAACAUAUGGUUACAUGUCCCCUGAAUACGCUAUGGAUGGGAUCUUCUCAGUAAAAUCUGAUGUUUUUAGUUUUGGGGUUCUUGUGCUGGAGAUCAUAAGUGGAAAAAAGAACAGAGGAUUCUAUUCCGCGAACAAAGAAUUGAAUCUUCUAGGGCAUGCGUGGAAGCUGUGGAAAGAAGAAAAUGCUUUGGAACUGAUUGAUCCGUCGAUCGACAAUUCAUAUUCAGAAUCUGAAGUUCUUAGAUGCAUACAAGUCGGUCUCUUAUGCGUGCAAGAGCGUGCGGAAGAUAGGCCAACAAUGGCUUCUGUGGUCUUGAUGCUGAGUAGUGACACUGCAUCAAUGUCACAACCCAAAAACCCUGGAUUUUGUCUAGGAAGGAAUCCUAUGGAAACUGAUUCUUCUUCAAGUAAACAAGAAGAAUCAUGCACUGUGAACCAAGUCACUGUCACAAUGCUAGAUGCCAGGUAGUAAAAGGAGCAUUACCUCAUCCAAUAUAGCACAACAGUAUAUUUACAAAAAUUCUUUGAAGUUAAUCCUUCAUCUGAUAGUUGCAAUGUUUUUUUAUAUAGUAUGAUCUUUUUCUGGUGUGUAAUAUGUUAGAGAUGCCUUCGUUAAAUUGUACUAUAUAGUAUAAGAAACCUUUUUUAUAUCAACUAAUUUUGCAUUCGCUACCAAAA